AUAUUGAAUGAAAACUGAAAUUCAUCCAAUUGUAACUAAAUACUAAUACUAAUUUUAUUAUAAAAAUGAACAGAAAGGAGGCACUAUCGACUUUCAUUCAACAAAUUCAUGGUAGACCUGUUGUGGUAAAGCUAAACAGUGGUGUGGAUUAUAGAGGUGUUCUAGCCUGCUUAGAUGGAUACAUGAACAUUGCUUUAGAGCAGACUGAAGAAUAUGUUAAUGGCCAGCUAAAAAAUAAAUUUGGUGAUGCCUUUAUCAGAGGAAAUAAUGUUUUGUAUAUAAGCACACAGAAAAGGCGGUAUUAAUUUUAGUUUUAAGUUAUAUAAGUUACAUGUAACCUGCUAAGAAUAAAAUAUUUUGUAAAUUUUGU